AUGAAUGAAGAAGUAGAAAAAAGCUUAAACAAUAAUAAAAAUCGAAAAAAUUCUUAUGAUAUAAAUAUAUACAACAUAAAAAAGGAAGAUGUUAUUAUUCAAGAAAAUAUGAAUAUAAAUAGUAAGUCAUCAAUUAACAUUUAUGACAAUGAUCAAGUAAAUAUAUAUAUUGAAAAUAGUGAUUUAAAUAAGAAAGUAUACAAUUGUUAUACAUGUAAUAUACAAAUAUACAAUUUUUCUUUUUUUCGCUAUCAUUUCAAAUCAGAAUGGCAUAAAUAUAAUCUUAAAAGAAAAUUAUUAAAUUUAAAUUCUGUGAAUGAACUAACUUUUAAUGAAAAAGUUAAAAAUUUAAAAAAAAGUCAAGAAGAAAAGGAAGAAAAAGAGAAUACUAAUCAUAAAAAAAAUAGUAAUAAUAAUAAAAAAAAAAAAGAAAAAAAAAGCAGUAUAGAAUUUUAUAACCAAAAAAAAAUUAAUAAUAGCACUAGUAAUUUACAUAAAAUUAAAUAUGCAACAAAGGAAGAUAUCUUAUUAAAAAAAAAUGUAAAGUACGAUAAUCCAUUAGUCUGUUUUUUCGAUAAUAGAAUUUUUAAUAGUAUUGAAGAAAAUAUAAAACACAUGAAUGAUGAUCAUACCUUUUUUAUUCCUGAUGAAAAAUAUGUAACUGAUCUUAAAAAAGUGAUUUUAACAAUAGGGAAAAAAAUAUAUGAAGAAAAUAUGUGUAUUUAUUGUUUUAAAUAUUCUAAAUGUGUGAAAUCUAUUCAAGCUCAUAUGAUAUGUAAAAGUCACACAAAAAUUCAUGAAGAUUUUUUUGUUUUUAUUGAAAAAUAUUAUGAUUUUUCAAAAACAUAUGUUGAUUUAUUAAAUAAAUAUAUUCAUAACAAAGAAGACAAGGAAGAAAUUCUUUAUCUUCUACACAAAAAAAAAAAAAAGGAGAUUACUUCAAAACAACAUGUAGAUGAACAACACAUAAAUAAAGAGAAUAACGAAAUAGAUUCAUUGGAACAAAAAAAAAAAAAAAAUAAUAGUAAAAAUAAUGAUUUAAUAAAAAAUGAAGUAAAAAUAAACAACGAAAAUGAUAAAAUACAAAGUUCUGAGUUUGAAAAGAAACCUAGUGAACAAUAUAUUGUAGAUAAUGAUGAAAGUGAUAGCAUUACACAUAUUAAUUAUAAAAAUAAUGAUUUAAAUUCAAACUACGAUAAAAAUACUGAUAAUAAUAACAGUAAUAAAUAUAGAAAAAGUAUUAGUGAAAUAGAUAAUGAUGCAUCUGAUGAUUUUAAAGUAAAAGAAGAAGAUUUAAGUAAAAACUUAAAUUAUGAUACUAUUUAUGAAGUUCUUGAACAAUUUGGUUAUAGUAAACCAGAAGUAAAUGAAUACAAUAAUUUAGUUUUACCAGAUGGAUCAGAAGCAAUAAAUAGAAAAAUUGCAUAUAUAUUUAAACAAAAGUUACCAUUAGAAAAUAGAACAAAAUGUGAUAAAAUAGACGUAUUAAAAAAAAAAGAAAACUCUCUCCAAUAUCGUAAAUAUAAAUAUUAUAUUGAUUAUAUUAAAAAAUAUAAUUUAAAUUUAAAUUUGAAGACUAAUAACCUAAAUAAGUUUUAUAAAAGUGAUUCUAUUUUUUUUUUAUAA